AUGACUACGACUUCGCAAAACCCGACCGCGGUCUUGAAAAAGGCUGUUCUUGUUCAUGCGCCCGAUUUCGAUGUUUCCUGCCGUGCCCGCCUUCGUAUUAUUCACGAUCAAGCUGCUAACCAAGGAUGCAUCUUUCUUUCGAUCACUGCAGAUCUGGCUAACCUGAGCGGCAAAUCACAGGUACUGACUUUGAAUAUUCCUCCAGAAAGUGUUGAACAAUGUGCUUUAGCUCGACAAAGCAAUAAUGAACUCUGUUCCUCCCACUUCGUCUCCAUGCUCCCGGCGCCUGUUACCAAUCUUUCGGCUGUCUCUACACUGAGUCUGAGCCUGGGUGCGACAGGCAUUGUUCUUUGUCCAUCUGGACUGGAUUAUAUAAGCCCAGCUAGACCAGGCGACCUUGAUAUUCAUUCGUUCGCGAAAAUUUGUCAAUCCAAAUCUCUAUACCUACACUUCUCCAGACGACAAUUUGUGAGUAAAGAACUUGAUAAGCUGGAAAUCUUCUCCCGAGCCCUACGCACAAAGAGUCUUCAAACAGUGUCUCUUGACCACUCUCGCCAUGGCAUGAUCCAGAGAGAUUGGCGUGUUUUUAAUUUGUCGCCCAAUCCACCCCCAUAUCGUCAAGAGCUCGUGUCCGAGCAGUUGGAGCAGGUGGAUCCACCCCUAUACUGUGAGGAGUCCGUGUCAGAGCAGGUAGUUAGAAAACGGCAGAGAGGUAUUUUUCAUCCUACCAUCUUAGACCCAUGGUCGGUGUCAUCUCAUGAUGAAAGCCGGAAGAGGGUACUCCUUCAAGCCCCUCCACUGAUAGGCUCUCCCACCGAAGUAAAUACGCCGAGUACUCGCUCCCCUUCACCAUCCUCCAUUCGCCCAACCAUCUUUCACCGUGCUUCAUCUCCUGGCGACCCAGUGUCUAAGAAACUUGCGCGUCUAGAGCAUGAGCUCCGUGGUGUUUCCGAUGACCUGAUUUGCGAACUAUUAAUUCGAUCCGGACGAGGACAUCUGCUGGCCCUACCAAAGAACGUAGACCGUGGCCUACCAUGCGAAGCUCAGAAAGUCCGUUCUACUGAGAUUGAAAUGGUUGAGCAUCGCCUCAAACGAUAUGUCGAUGAAAUGAUUGAGCGCCGCCUCAAAUCCGGCAUACUGGACGAAGUUAUCGAUAGUGCUGCAAGCGAGUGUCGCGAUCAGAUUUAUGAUGAAUGCAAAACCAACCAAGCCGAAUUUCGCGAACAAGUCGACGAUGGUAACUCCGAGAUACGCAACACAACCAUGGAAUGUUUGAAGGAAAUAAACGAACAGGCACAAAGGCACAUGCAUGAAUUAGAAGAGCAAGCACAACAGUGUAUGAAUGAUAUCGAGGAUCAGGCAGUUGAAGUUGAGAUGUCUGCGAAGAAAGGUAUGGCGGAGCUCAGGCGCUGGUUCAGUACCCCUGCUCAGUCCUUACCUGAAACCAUGUCAAAACCUAGCCGUGAGAUAGAUACUACUGCCAGGCGCAGUUCCAUUUAGACUCGGUAUUGGGUUCAUAAUGUAUUAUUAUCUUCUGGCAAUCACUUGGUCAUUGGUUCACAAGAAAGGGGUGUAAGCAGUAAAAUCUAGCUAUAGUAGUCCCAGUCAAACGGCAAAGCAUACCCAGUUGGACCAUGAUGCCCCCAAUAUCUCAAUAGAUAGCUG